UAUCAUUGUGGUGAAUACGUGAAUAUUACAUUGAGCUGGGUACCAUUUUUGUCUAGGGUUAGAUAGGUGGGAAGUAUUUCUUUGGUCUCGUUAAAACUUGGACGACCGGUGAAUUGUGUAGACGUUAGUUUUAAUAGACACAAAUAACCGGGAAUAUAUAUUUAUUUCUGUAGAUAGGUUCUUAAAAUUUAUUGCUAUUCAGUAUUGUUUGUUUGCUUUUAAAGUAUCUGAUGUGAUACUCCGUUGUGAUAAUUUUGUGUGUGCACACUGGAUUUAUACUUGGUGAAUUCUCAUUCGACCAAAAGUUGUAAAUUGAACUCGCUCCCGAUCUGAUAACCAUUAGGUGUGUUAUUUGUUCUGACAGUUUGGAUCUAAGCGUAGUGGAGAAAUAUACUUCAGGAUGGACUAUUAGAUCUUCUUAACAUUUAUUUGGUGUGUCACUUUAGCGUUUAGAACUAUGUAACUAUGUGUUCCGUAGAAAGUGGCAGUGUAUAAAAACCUUGAAAAGUUUUUGGAUUAAAUUUUAUUAUCAUUCAAUAUGAAAGACCGACCAGGAUAAUAAUUUUACCCACAAAGGGUGAUGAGUAGAAAUAACAGCAGAGGUCAGGUUGGCCCAGGGGGGGGCGGCGGAGGAAUACCCUCAGUGCGUGUACAGAUGGAAACCCCGCAGCCCAACGCUGAUGUGCGCCUCCCUGCACUGUCCGCCCAACGUUCCAUCAUCACAAACAAUGGCAAGUCUACGCAAAAUGGUUCUCCCUUCGUUACACCCCGUGCGCCCGGCCCAGGUGUGAACGGGAUUUAUAUGACGCCCAGACAGAAUACAAGUAAAGGACAUGACCUUGGAAAUCUUGGUUUCCAGUGUUUCGGUGUUGCGCCCAAGCCCCAGCAGACCCCCCGAGCCCAGGGUUUCGGGCACCACAAUGCAGCAGCCUUUCUCAAUCCCACCCACUCCCAGCAGCUGAAUCUGCCCAACAGUCGCCUUGAGACAAGCACUCCCACACCCAGCGAUAUUUCCACGAUUUCCGCUCGCAAUGUUCAUACUCCCCUUUCCAUGAUUUCGGGACAAGGAUCAGACAGAAAUCUUCACACACCGAUAAGCCAUGUAGAUCGGCAGUUCCUUGAGCCAAAUGCUCCACUCAAAGGUUGGAAUCCUUACUCCGCUCUGCCAAAUGUCCAGAAUGGCAAAGACUCUGAUAACAUGUCAAUUUCCGAUAAGAAUUCCAUUGCAGAGCGUCCCCACCAUGCCAGCUGGCAUACACAUGGUGUGGUUCCCAGCAGCGCAACAACACGUUAUCAAACGAGUAGCAGUGGAACAAACUCACUGUCCCCACAUAAUCUCCCAAUGGACAUGUCGCCAACAGGCUCUACCGCUUUGGGCUCCAACUUCACAAACAGCCCGCGUCACUCUGCUCAUAUCCAUUCCCGUGCCCAGAAGCGAGCCCAUUCUUUGUCGCCGAUUGGAGAUGGUAUGGACUUCACAAAACUUAUCAGAGCAUCACCGACAUCUCUCGCUUGCAUCAACAGUGCCGCAGUGAAUGCCGGUGCGCCUCCACAAGUCCCACAAAAUAUGGCCAACUGCGGUCAUUUCGGUCACUUGAUUGCCCGAAGCCCACAGUCAGGAUCAGCAAAUUCUGGUCAUCGUAUGGGAUUUUCCCAGCUUAAAUCAGAGCCCGGUUUUGAGGUCAGCGAUAUUCAGGACUACUUCCAGGACAUCGUUAGCAACCAGAUGGUCAUGCACCAGAAUGAGGUUCCAUACUGGGAACAGAAGGCGUACGCCGACAUUCAGCAAUUCGGGCGACCGCAGUUUAGCCUCCCACCAGAAAACACUGUACAGCCACCAGGUGUUAACGGGAACAUGAGCGGUUACAGUCACAAUAUGAACGUGAAUAACAUGAGCCAGAAUUUGAAUCUUAUGAACAUGAACGACGGUAUGCGACCUCCACCGUCGUACGAUCAGGCCAUCAACCAACAUCCAGCAGGAAUGAUCAACGGUCAACAACAGUUUAGUGCCAUGCAACCUCAGGCUAACAAUAUGAACUUGAAUAACAUGAACAAUCUUAAUAACCUGAACAAUAACUUGAGCACAAUGCACAUGAACAAUGAAUCGGAAUUUAUUGAGGACGAGGCGGAUGAGAACGGUGAAAAGCAGCACACUUGUCGAUGGGUAGACUGUAACGUGAUUUUCAAAGAGCAGGAAGAAUUAGUGCGCCAUCUUGAAAAAUCUCAUAUAGAUCAGCGGAAGGGCGAAGAUUUUACGUGUUACUGGGCAUCGUGUCAGAGACGUUAUAAGCCAUUUAAUGCCCGAUAUAAGUUACUUAUUCACAUGCGGGUGCACAGCGGAGAAAAGCCAAAUAAAUGCACAUUCGAGGGCUGUACAAAGGCGUUCUCCCGGUUGGAGAACUUGAAAAUCCAUCUGCGAUCUCACACGGGCGAACGUCCUUACGUCUGUCAACAUGGCGGAUGCACGAAGGCGUUCAGUAACUCCAGUGAUCGUGCCAAGCAUCAGCGUACACAUCUUGAUACAAAGCCAUACGCAUGCGGCGUCGCAGGGUGUAACAAGCGCUAUACAGAUCCGAGCUCGUUAAGAAAACAUGUGAAAAACCACAAUCAGAAAGAUCCCGCAAAGAAAAAGAUGAAGCGGGAAGGGGAAUUACCGACGGGAAUGCUGGGCACAUGUCUCACAAUACAGCAGCUUCACACGGGCAAUGCAGAAAAUACGCAACAGGGAGAAAUCUAUCCUAACUAUGGUUUGGGAGGUCCGUCAGGAAUGGAGCUGUCACCAAUCAACGCACAGAACAGCCCAAUGAGCCAAAUGGAAGACUCGCAGGGAUCAACAGACAUGCAUGCGUACUCACCUGCUCCGCCAGACAUGUUAAACAUGAGUCCAGGGCGAAGGCCACACCCGCAUCUCCGACACCCGGGCAUGUACCAGAACAUGGAGAUGGGCAUGAUGCAAGCCCCGAACCCACAUGCCGAGAAAUGGUAUCAACAGUGGGUGGAGAAUGGCGGAGAAAUGCCUCCCAUGGAGACAAAGACAGACAUGCCCACACCCCAUGCAUUCGCCCUCGGGAACUGCCGUAUGCAAAAUGUCAGCUGGAACCCGCAAAUGGAGGAGUUUGGUCUGCCGCCCGAUAUGCAAGCUGGGAAUGGGGAGUUUACAUUUGACGGGGCUUAUCAUAUAAUGUCACAAGAAGAAGCCCAGCAACAAUUCCUGCAGAUGAAUGCAGUGGACAGGCCAGUAAGCCGGCUGUCAGGCAUAAUGGCAGACGGUACAACUUGAGUGUCAUGUGACAGGAAAUGGAAUUCUGGGAGUUUGGAGGGAGAAGUUAUUAUUUGUUGACAAUUAGAGGACAAUUAGGGAGAAGUUGUUAUGAUUUGUGAAAAAAAUAGAUUUUUUGUGUGAACUAUUUUGUGAAAAAAGUGACAAAAGAUUUAUUUUAUGAAAACAAUUGUUUAAGAACAUCGUUUUAUAUUUUUGCAAUUAUGAACAACAUGGAGUAGACUUGCAAGUGAUGGUAUUUUAUCAGUGUUGAUUUCUUAGGGCAGGCAAUCUACACAAGUGAAACUAAAUUUUUAUAGAGACAUGAUGGUUGGUUUUGUGAUCUGUGAAAAAAUAGUGGUGAUUAUAGUGGUUGUGAUUUUUGUGAACUUUUUCAUUGUAUUAUAAAGUGACUGAGUUAAUUGCAUAUAUUGUAUACAUUUUAUGUGCCACAAUCAACAUUUUUGAUCGGUUAAGGACAUAGUGUUACCAUUAAAUGUGUUGUCCUAUUUGUUGAAAUCUGUCCAUUCAUUAGAUUGUGAUUUCGAUAUUUUUUUAAAAUAUUAAUGCUUUCCAUAAGCCUGUGAUCAAGUUUUCUAUUUUUUUCUAUUAAAGAUUAAAUAUUUUAUCCUGUUAUACAAGUUAAGUUUAUGUUAUCCUAAGUAGGCAAUUCAAAAUUAGAUUGUUACGGAAUAGCUAGGUAGUAUGUGACUUAGAUUAGAAAGCAGGUAGACGAUAAAAUAAUAACCAGAUUUAAUCAAAACUUGGUAGAAUUACAACAUUACUUUGAUAAAGUUGAUAAACAAUGCAUUAUUCAUUCAAGAUAUUUUGAAAAUGUUUAUACUGAUAAUUUUACAGCAAAAAUUUGAAGAUUUCGCAAGGAGUUACUGCAAAGAUUGUAUUAAGGGAAUACAUAUUUAGCAAUCAUAUUACAGCAAUUUUAUUCAAUCCUGUUUUAAAUAGCGCAAAUUUAUACAGCAAAUUAGCAAUUGUCUUAUUUUUGCAAAUUAUUACCGCAAAAUCAGUAUUCAUAGAUGCUUUCGUGAUAUGAUAUCCGUCCGUACUUUCAUACUUUUUUUAAAUGAUUUUGAUGUUAUUGUUAACAGUAAAUAGUUUCUGGCUUUAUUUAAACAAGAUUAAAUCAUGAUUCAACCACUGGAUCCCUGUAAGGGGCAAAUAAAAGGGUCCUCGAGGCCUGAAUAAAAAAACAAUAAUUUUGAAUUAAUUUUUAUUACAUUUUUUGGUGUAUUUUUUAUUAAAAAAAUUAAAAAAACAAAUUUCAUUCAAAGAAACUAUUACCUGUUUUGCAAGCAAUAUCAAUAAAAGUGACGUUACAUCUUCAGACAUAUAUCACAUUUAUAAGAUGUACAUGUAUUCGUCACAUUUUCAAUUACCUGAUACAUUUUGACGUAAAUGUAAAUGCGUUAACAUAUUUGCACAAAACACCCAUGCCAAAAUUUAUAGACCAUUUUUUUGACAUUCCAUUAUUACAUUUUAUUUAUGCCCAUAAUUCAUGUUGUGCCAAGUAAUUGUUGUUUUAUUCCCCGUUUCAUUUGUAAUGUCCUGGAUUUUGAUAAAUAAUCAUAUUUUUUUAUGCAUCGUUAUUAUCGCUCAUUCAUGUAUUCGACAACAUUUCCCAUCAUUCCAUCUAUUUUAAUCCGAUUGUACAUGUAUUAAAUCAUAUUUAUAUUUUGUAUACUGUUUGAAUUGCUGUUUUAAAGUUUUUAUCCCGUUUGAAAUAUUUGUUGCCAAAUAUUAUUUCUUCAGUUUGUGUUUAAUGUUGGGAAGGGGGUUUUACUCAUGCAGUUGACCGUUGCGUGUGAAUUACCGUAUUAAUAUGCACAUAAUGCGUUGCCUUAAUGUUCCGUUUUUUGUACAUAGAUAAUUAAAUGUGCUUGGUUUUUA